UACGUUGGUGCUAAUCGGUACCUCCAGUUUCAAUUGACCCCGAUUACUACAAUAUACAGAUCCCACCAUCUGACCCACCGUUGCCAGCCUGCAGAGUGGAAGGAGUACCAUUACAGGUGUAUGUUGACUUCACCAGACUUGAGGCUCUUGAUCCCUUGACUGUGCAAGUUGUUGCAUUUUCCUGUGGAAUCAGACCCAAGCACUUGAACAAUGUGUGAGCAAGAGGAGGACAGGGCAUGUCCAUUGUCCAGUGAUACUAUGAAACUGAAGGAUGAUCUCUCUCUGAUUGACUCUGACCCAGACGAAUGUAAUGUGUCUAUAGACCCAAAGGUGGAAGACUUGUCCUCCUCAUCUGAUGAUGAAGAGCACCAGAACUCUGUUCCUAAUUCUGGUCCCAAGAAACCAGCGUUCAGUCUGACAGGUGGCAGCUCAAGCUUCUCCAGCCGCAGCCAAAGCAUCUUUGAUUGCCUGGAGAGUGCCGCUAAGCUUGCCUCAUCCCACAUAGGCCUAGACAAUGGUAUUGAUGGCAGCUUUACAUGUCCACCUCCACAUCCACUGAUGCCAACUGGAAAGAAGUAUCAAGAGAACGUUGGAAAACUUGUCAGCAAACCUACUUGCAAAGGAGGAGUGCCAGAUUACCUGGUUAACCCUGAACGCUGGACACGCUACAGCCUGGAGGAUGUGCCAGAGACCAGUGACCACAAAAAUAAAAUGGUCGCUCAGCAAUACAUACAAAGCCUGCAGAAGAACAAGAGUGUUAUGGCAGAAGAUCCUGAGGAGCCUUUUACACCUACUUUCAAUCAGGGCCUGAGCAGCAGCUCAGAGCAUAAGAUUGUGUUUUCUAAGCCUAGUCGGGGACUGAAGGAUUGUGAUCCGGAGGGAAACAAGCUUGACCAACCCAAGAAGUCAUGGAUGGGCCUUUCUCACUUAGAUGAGGAGGAAGAGGAGGGUAUAGGUCUAGGAGCAAUCUCACCACAUCGCCUAAAGGAAAGUGAGAAGAAGAGGAAAUGGACACUGGUGAAGGAUGAAGAGAGUGGUUCACUGAAUGAUGGAAAAGAUCAGACGCCUAUUGGCUUCAUCAUAAAUAGGAAGGUCAACCGGAAAAACUUUCGUAAGACUUCAGAGAAAGACAAGAACUGAGAGUACUACACAUGCAUGACCUCAUACAGUGCCACUUAUGUCCUCUGGAAGUAGUUGUGGACCCCGCAUGUGGAAGUAUUUUUUGGUUACCUGUAAAAUGUCCACCUGUCUGUCUAAUCAGGCGAGUGGUUUCGAAUUAUUCUUUGGAACUUUUCCUACUAAAAGAUAUGACACUUUUUCCAAAAAUGUUGGGACGGUGUGUAAAAUAUAAAUAAAAACAGAAUGCAAAGAUGCAUAUAAUUUAAACCUUAUAUUCAAUCAUAUCUAUGUAAACUUCAAAUGGACCGAUGGGGAAGUGGUUGUCCUUGGUAUUACUCCCAAAAACUUGUUUCUUGUUACUUUUACAGGAAUAUUACCAAGGUCGAUCGCAUACUAAAACCUUGGACAGGAAUGCAUCUAACGAUCUAUGGCAAGGUUACCCUAGUCAACUCUCUCGUAUUAUCCCAGUUCACACAUUUAUUCAUGACACUCCCUAUGCCGGGAGAGUCUGUUUUUAAGUCCUGUGAAUUUUUUAUUUUAUCUGGAAUGGUAAGCCAGAUAAAAGAAAACAAACAUUUAUAUAAUGAAUAUGAAAGGGGUGGGGUCAAACUAAUCAGGGCUUUGAAUCAAGUCACUUAAAGCUUCAAUUAUACCAAACUAUAUCUGAAUUCAGACUAGUUCUCAAGUAGACUAGUAAGACAGACCCAUACCCAUGUUUAAAGACGGGUUCUUGCCAUGUUGCAGAUUAAAGUGUGCCAUUUUAAACUGUUAGACAAUGCUGCAUUAUUUGAAACAUCCACCUUUAUGAAGGAAUCUAUACAAAGCUGGUUACAAUUCCAAUUCCAUCCUCCUGAAUAGCUUGAACAAAUCUUACACCAAAUUAUAUGUCUAAACUCAAAUAUAUUAAUUUGAAAAUAAGCCAAUUUUCAUUGACAAACUGUACCUGAAGGGUAUCUUGUUUCUUAAAGACAUCACGAACAAAGAUGGGAAACUUACCACUCAUGAGCAAUUCAAACAGGAAUAUGGUGCAACAUGCUCACUUGAGAGGUAUAAUCUGUUCAUUGCAGCCAUACCAGACAAAUGGAGAGAAAAAAUUUAAACUCUAGAAAGCAAAGAAUCUCCUGGUCACCCAUCUAUUAAAGACCAUGCAUGGUUAAACCAGAUUAAAAUAAACUGUAAAAUGUAUCUUCCAUCUGGCUACUGCGGCACCAUACAGUAUUCAAAACAUUAGGGAUAAUAUUUUUGAUAUUCUAAUCCCCUGACAACUAUUGAUGUGUCUCAGAGAGCCUUUCAGUUCAAAUUGAUGUACAGAAUUCUGGCCACCAAAAAAAUGCCUAGAUUAUGUGCAGAUUUUAUAGGGAUGAAACAGAAACAAUAAAUUCUGGAUCCAAGUUCAAGAUUGGUUAUUGGGUCACUGAGUCACCCUGGAAGUUAGUUUAUUGAGAGUCAUAUUGGGUGCCCUUAGAAGCAAUGCUCAGUCAAUUGAAAACAUGAUUCUUCUCCUUGGUAAAACAUACAUUUUAAAGACUGCAUCAGUGGACGCCUUGAGCCUUGAUAGAUUCAAAUAUGUUGUGAAAAAUCAUAGAAAGACCAAGCAAUAUAUCGCUGCUGGUAAUGAAAAAUUUUUACUCUACUGAGAAAGAAGGCAACAUGUUUUUUUGUUGCACACCAAGUUUUUGUAGUCCGGUGUUGGUUUUGGCUUGUGCUCUGCGGGACUUCAGAUUUUGCGGCAUGUGGGUGGUGCACCUUUUUUAUUAUAACACAUGAUAGAAGUACUUGUGACAUAUUACAUCCACCAAUCCUCUGUGCUGAACAAAUAGCACAAUGAUGUGGUGCUUUCCAGGUCCGGGGAGGUUGUAGAGUGUCAGUCAGACAAAUGUACUGGAUUUCCAACUGCACACAUUGUUACAUUCUCACUGGAGACAGGUGCACCAACCCACGUGCCGAUCGUGUUUUGUAUUUUUCCUGGAGCAUGGGCCCUCACAUCUCCCAGAUAUAAAAGCAAGGGGACGACGCACCACUUGUAUAGUAUUGUGUUUGUAUGUCUGUAUUUUGUGUCUUUUUGUGUGAGUUAUUGUGAUUGAGUGUGAAAUAACGCAUUAGGAUAAAAAAGGGAAAAUAAAUUAUGCUAGUAAUGACAGUAUUCACCAUUGACUUGGUUGACAUUAAUGACUGAUCUGCAAAAAAAGAAUAGAAGAAAAUAGUACGAAACAUAUUAAAUGUUUUUAUCGUUUUUUGGAAAAAUACAUGCCCAUUUUGAAUUUGAUACCAGCAACCUAAUUAGUUGUGAGAUGUUCAAACAGGUUUUUCUUUAAAAUUACACAUCUUUCCCAGUCCUUUGUUGCCCCUGACCCAGCUUUUUUCAAAUGUUUUGCUAGCAUCAACAUAGCAUUUAGCAUGUUGUCGUUGCACUAUUAUCUAUUAAAUAUAGGGUUUAAAUGAUUUUCACAUCAUUGCAUUCUGUUUUAAUUUUUUUUUUUUAAAUUGACAGGAUUGUACAAGUGGUUUUAAUGUAAUAGGUUGUCCCGAUAGGAAUUUAUUCAAAGCAAUGUAAAUGAAAUUGAGUUAUUAAAUGAAGUUUUCCACCA